AUGCCCUCACCUACUUCACCACAAACAGCUGCCAUCGUCGUGGGUUCAGGACUUGCUGGUCUGAGCGCAGCGAGCCAGCUGAUAGCCAAAAAUGUGCCUGUCAGGAUGCUAGAGCGCGGCGUAAAGCCGGGAGGAAACAGCAUCAAAGCGUCGUCUGGAAUCAAUGGAGCGCCAACACGGUACCAGCCGACUCACGACAACGCCUUUUUCUCGGAUACAGUCAAGUCUGCGGGCAAAGCAAUGGUCUCUUUCACUCAACAUCGAGAAAUUUUGAUAGCGAAAGUUACGGAGUCUUCUAAGGAUGCGAUUGAGUGGCUUGUCCAGGAGAAGGGUGUCGACUUAUCCAAAGUAUCGAUCAUGGGCGGCCAUACGCAUCCCAGGACGCACAGGGGAGCGGGACAGACACCGCCGGGCUUUGCGAUCACGUCUGCACUACUCAAAUCACUCAAUUCGUCACCGAUCUUCCAAUUGCAGACCUCCUGUACCGUUACCAAAGUUUUGCACUCUGAACAUCGCGUCACUGGUGUAGAAUACACCAGCGAAAAUGGACAUCGAGAGAAGCUAUUAGGGCCUGUCAUAUUCGCAGCAGGUGGCUUCGGCGGCGAUGCAGAGGGUUUGCUCGCGCAGUACAGGCCUGAUCUCGCGGGCUACCCAUCCACGAACGACCCUCGGCCAGGGACACAGCCACUUCUCACAGCGGUCGGCGCGCAGCUCAUCGACAUGGAGUACGUCCAGGUGCAUCCGACUGGCUUCGUUGAUCCUGCUGCGCCAUCCUCUCCCCUCAAGUUUCUAGCUGCAGAGGUCCUGAGAGGCGACGGCGGUAUUCUGCUGCUGAACGGGAAGCGCUUCGUUGAUGAGCUGGAUACCAGGGAGAAGGUGACGGGAGCGAUUACGGCGACGCUGCCCGAGCAGGCGUUGCCGAAACAGUGGAGUGUUCAGUUGGUGCUGGAUGAAGGUGUUUACGAAGCUGCGAGGUCGCACGUCGAUUUCUACAUUUUCAAGGGAUUGAUGAAGAGGAGUACGAUCUCGGACCUUGCACCAGGCGCCCUUGGAGAGAUCUCACGAUAUUCCCAGGUGGUGCGAGGGGAGGAAGCGGAUCCAUUUGGUCGGACACAGUUCGCGCAUUGGAAGCUCAAGGAACCGACUCCGGAAUCUGUUGUUUAUGUUGGUACCGUCACGCCGGUCGUCCAUUUCACGAUGGGUGGUGUAGUCAUCAACGAGAAGGCAGAGGUGUUAAAGAAGGAUGAUGAGCGGAUAGAGGGGCUGUGGGCUGCUGGGGAAGUGGCGGGCGGUGUUCAUGGCGCAAAUAGGUUAGGAGGAUCAUCGCUGUUGGAGUGUGUGGUCUUUGGGAGGGUUGCGGGUGACGAAUGUGUGGAGUAUAUCAAAGGCCAAAUGUGA